UCCCUCCUCCCUCUCCUCUCAGGGAAACCACGCCGUCUCGCCGCGAUGCUGUCGGGCCGGCAGACCGCGCGCAGCUGGCUUCGCGGCCGCGGUCCCCGAGCUCCGUUGCAGGUCGCGCGCUCGGCCCGGGCGUCCCCGUCGCCGCGACCCCCGGGGCUUGUCGCGGGGUGGCUGGGCUGUUGACUGCGGGCGGCGCCGCGCUUGGCCGCUAUGUCCACCAAGGUCAGGAAGUGCCGGGAGCCCGCGAGGGUGACCUUGCCUGCGCCGGAGGAGGAGGAUGGCGAGGCCGAGGGAGCCGAGCCGCAGAGCCGCCGCCGGGGCUGGAGGGGUGUCAACGGCGGGCUGGAGCCGCCCUGCCAGCGCGCGCCGCCGUCCCCGGGGCCCGACGCGUCCUCCGAGGGCAGCCCAUCGAGGUGGCGCACUGCAGGGAUGCGAGACAAGGGCAGGCGCCAGGCGGUGCGUGGCCCGGCCUUCAUGUUUGGUGCUCGUGGGCCCAGCCUCACAGCUGAGGAGGAGCGCUUCCUGGACGCUGCAGAAUACGGCAACAUCCCGGUGGUGCGCAAGAUGCUGGAGGAGUCACAAACGCUCAAUGUCAACUGUGUGGACUACAUGGGCCAGAACGCACUGCAGCUGGCUGUAGGCAAUGAACAUCUGGAGGUGACUGAGCUACUGCUGAAAAAGGAGAACCUGGCACGUAUCGGUGAUGCGCUGCUGCUAGCCAUCAGCAAGGGCUAUGUGCGCAUCGUGGAGGCCAUCCUCGGCCACCCAGGCUUUGCAGCAAGCCGGCGCUUGACACUUAGCCCUUGCGAGCAGGAACUGCGGGACGACGACUUCUAUGCUUAUGAUGAGGAUGGCACGCGCUUCUCCCCUGACAUCACGCCCAUCAUCCUGGCUGCACACUGUCAUAAGUACGAGGUGGUGCACCUGCUGCUGCUCAAGGGCGCACGCAUCGAGCGGCCACACGACUAUUUCUGCCGCUGCGCUGACUGUGCGGAGAAACAGCGGCUUGAUGCCUUCAGCCACUCAAGGUCUAGGAUCAACGCUUACAAGGGGCUGGCCAGCCCUGCAUACUUGUCACUCUCCAGCGAGGACCCGGUGCUCACAGCCCUGGAACUCAGCAAUGAACUGGCCAAGCUAGCCAACAUAGAGAAGGAGUUCAAGAAUGACUACAGGAAGCUCUCCAUGCAAUGCAAAGACUUUGUAGUGGGCGUGCUGGACCUGUGUCGAGACUCCGAGGAGGUGGAAGCCAUUCUGAAUGGAGAUCUGGAGUCAGCAGAAGGCCUGGAGACACACAGGCACAAGGCUUCACUGAGUCGUGUCAAACUUGCCAUUAAGUAUGAAGUAAAAAAGUUUGUGGCUCACCCCAACUGCCAACAACAGCUUUUGACCAUCUGGUAUGAGAACCUCUCUGGCCUCCGGGAGCAGACCAUCGCUAUCAAGUGCCUGGUCGUGUUGGUCGUGGCCUUGGGCCUUCCGUUCCUUGCUAUCGGCUAUUGGAUUGCACCUUGUAGCAGGCUGGGGAAAAUUCUUCGAAGCCCUUUCAUGAAGUUCGUGGCGCACGCUGCCUCCUUCAUCAUCUUUCUGGGUCUGCUUGUGUUCAAUGCCUCAGACAGAUUUGAGGGUAUCACCACACUGCCAAACAUCACUGUUAUUGACUAUCCCAAGCAGAUCUUCAGGGUGAAGACCACCCAGUUCACGUGGACGGAAAUGCUAAUUAUGGUCUGGGUUCUUGGGAUGAUGUGGUCUGAGUGCAAGGAGCUCUGGCUGGAAGGCCCUCGGGAGUACAUCGUGCAGCUGUGGAACGUGCUUGAUUUCGGCAUGCUCUCCAUCUUCAUUGCUGCGUUCACGGCCCGGUUCCUAGCCUUCCUGCAGGCAACCAAAGCACAGCAGUAUGUGGACAACCACGUACAAGAGAGUGACCUGAGUGAAGUCACACUCCCACCUGAGGUUCAGUAUUUCACCUAUGCUAGAGAUAAAUGGCUCCCUUCUGACCCUCAGAUCAUAUCUGAAGGCCUCUAUGCCAUAGCUGUGGUUCUAAGCUUCUCCAGGAUUGCAUACAUCCUCCCUGCAAACGAGAGCUUCGGGCCCUUGCAGAUCUCCCUUGGAAGGACUGUGAAGGACAUAUUCAAGUUCAUGGUUCUGUUCAUUAUGGUGUUUCUGGCUUUCAUGAUUGGCAUGUUCAUCCUUUAUUCUUACUACCUUGGGGCCAAAGUCAAUCCUGCUUUUACCACUGUGGAAGAAAGUUUCAAGACUUUGUUUUGGUCCAUAUUUGGACUGUCCGAAGUGACUUCUGUUGUCCUCAAAUAUGACCACAAAUUCAUAGAGAAUAUUGGAUAUGUUCUUUAUGGAAUAUACAAUGUAACUAUGGUAGUUGUUUUACUCAACAUGCUAAUUGCUAUGAUAAAUAGCUCAUACCAAGAAAUUGAGGAUGACAGCGAUGUAGAAUGGAAGUUUGCACGUUCAAAACUUUGGUUAUCCUACUUUGAUGAUGGAAAAACAUUACCUCCACCCUUCAGUCUGGUCCCUAGUCCAAAAUCCUUUGUUUAUUUCAUCAUGCGGAUCACUAACUUUUCCAAAUGCAGGAGGAGAAGACUUCAGAAGGAUCUGGAGUUGGGCAUGGGUAACUCGAAGUCCAGGUUAAACCUCUUCACUCAGUCUAACUCGAGAGUUUUUGAAUCACACAGUUUUAACAGCAUUCUCAAUCAGCCAACACGCUAUCAGCAGAUAAUGAAAAGACUCAUAAAACGGUAUGUUUUGAAAGCACAAGUCGACAAAGAAAACGAUGAAGUGAAUGAAGGUGAACUGAAAGAAAUCAAGCAGGAUAUCUCCAGCCUUCGUUAUGAACUUUUGGAAGACAAGAGCCAAGCAACGGAAGAAUUAGCUCUCUUGAUUCAUAAACUCAGUGAGAAACUGAACCCCAGUGUGCUGAGAUGUGAAUGAUGUGAAUG